AUGGACUCGGGCUGUCAGCGACUACGGCCACGACCGCUGCACUCACGCUUCCCCAGCGCUGCCUCUGGCAUCCUCGGCAUGCUUCUCAUCACUUUCGCCUGCCUACUUAUUCAACCAGCCACCGCCGUCUUGAUCCCUUUCGACAACUGUCUUGACAGCUCCUACACACAGGCCGAGACCGAGACUGGCGUCCCUAAUCUGCAAUGGAACGCCCUCUAUGUUGACGCUCGGUUCGACAACGAAGAUCCCGCACACAAUCUUCAAAUUAUUGUCUGGGGAAAUGUCACAGGCUCAUACACUGUCAAGACUAACGACACAGUCCCUGGCCCAGAUGACCCUUCGUGGAAUGACCCCUCAAGUACAUUUGGCAAAAUACUUGAAAGACCCGACGAAAAAAAUCUCACGACUCUUCAGACCAGGGUAAACGUGUUAAGCUAUCAGCCAUUCUACAACAGAAGCGCGUUCUGUAACGACAGUCUUGUCAACGGGUCCUGCCCCCUGGCUCCUGUCUUUAAGACUGUCGAGAGCCCGUGGGGUAAUUUGCCGUCGGUAAACCUGACCCAGGACUUUAACUCUUCUUACGCCUUUUCGUCGUUCGCUUCGACGUUUUUAGUCCUGUACGGAAACACAGCUGCCACGCAGAUCAGCUGCGUAUCGGCAAUCGUAACCCCUGAUCUAGGCAGCCUUUCAGCACUUUUGCGUUACCUGCCACUUGUCGUUCUCCUCUUCGUCGGGUUUGCUACCAUGUUUGCAUCCGUCUUUAGCCCCUGGGGCUCGACAGAUAUUUUUCAUUGGACGACAAAUUACGGCCGAGACGAGGAUUUGUUGCGCUUGGUGACACCGGGUUUCGGGGACUGUCUUCAGUACAUUCAGUUUGUUGCGCUUACUGGUGGCUUAUCUAUUAACUAUCCCGGAUUCUAUCAGCCAGUUGUAAGCCAAGUAGGCUGGUCGGCACUGAUGUUCAACGAAAGUUUUGUGAGCAAAUCGCCAGGCUGGCAGGCGAUCCAGGAUGGCAUCUAUGUGACGAAUGCCACAUAUGGACUUCACCGAUAUGCUCAAAUGAUUGGUAUGACCGAUGUCGAAGACAUCUGGGCCGGUACAAUGGUUUGGGUAUGCGUCAUUGUGGGGGCCCUUUUCGUUCUGAUCCAGCUUGGCUUCUUUUUCCGUUGGGUAUUUCGACUCAUCAGCAACACUCCUGAGGAGGAUCUCCGCGCCAAGAACAUUCCGUUCUCAGUCGGCAAUAUCGUCCGGGUCGUCUUCAACUAUCUGCUACUACCAAUUGUCGCUCUCUCGACGUUCCAGCUCGUUGUCGCCGGCCAGUCCCAAGAAUUUGCCGUUGCGUUGGCUGUCAUCACUUUAAUCAUCUUGAUCUGCUUCGCCGCAUGGUUGCUAUACUUGAUUUUCAAGACCCGGCCAAGAGCAGUUCUGUUUGACGAUCUGCCUACGGUACUCCUUUACGGACCUCUCUACAACACAUACUCAGACGAAGCUGCGGCAUUUGCCCUGAUACCGGUUAGUCUAACGUUCAUUCGCGGUAUCACUAUCGGAGCUGUGCAGCCAGUCGGUAUUGCGCAGAUCGUUAUUCUUGCCAUAUGCGAGGUCAUCUACGUCUUGACCCUCCACGCAUUUCGCCCUUUCCAGUCCCCAACAUCGAUGAAUGCAUACCACACCCUUUUCUCCGUUCUUCGCUUCGCUACCGUUAUGCUGAUGGUAGCGUUCGUUCCUCAAAUGGGGGUGACAGAAGGGCCAAAGGGGUGGAUUGGGUACACCAUCUUGCUCAUCCACGCGUGUGUUUUGGUUCUAGGAUUCAUGCUCAACGCCCUCCAGACAAUCAUCGAAGUCACCGCAAGACUUCUUGGUGCUGGCGGUGAUGACACCCGGGGUUUGCAGCGAGGCGGCUUAUCCAAGAUUUUCGGCAUGCGGCAGUUGCAGCGGCGCACUUCUCGACGAAACAAUGGGCCUUCCCGAGCAAGUCAAUUGUCAACUACCGGCAUGCUUGACGCAGACGAAGCGUCGAAGACUGGUUAUGUGAUGCGUGGCGGUAGGCUAAGGAGUGAGUCGGCAGGCAGUGGAUUUCUACUCAGAAGCCAGCAUCGCAGCUCUUCCGCCCUUGACAGCAUCGAUCCCUACACCGGACAGGUUCGGAACUUCGACAGUGGCAGCAAUUUCACUCCGACAACUCCAGGUGAAGUCAGCACCUUCUCGUUUUUACCGUCGCCUGCUGCUGCAACCAGGCCACCAGCUGCCGUGACGGUGGAAUCCGCUGACCCUUAUUACCGGCCUCCGCGACGUCGCGGAGAUACACUCAAUGGCUCAUCCACCUCGCUGAACCGACAAUCAGUGGCCGAGUCGCGUCGGUAUAGCCAAGCAGGCACACAUUUAGGGGAUGCGACUGCGGAUCUUGAGGCCCAGCUUUCAAGAGGACCUACACCGGCCCCUCAAGCCAUUAACUUGACGCCGAGGGCAGACUAUUCGACGAGAGAGGUCGACUUUUACUACGGCGUCAGAGGUCCGGCGCUGAAUUCGGAAGGAGUGGGCCGCAAGCUUGGAACCGGUCCAGCCGACCCUACUGGUCCGAUGUCCUCGGCUGCUGGAUGGUUCCGCAAUUUCUUUGGAGGCAAAACCAAGGAGAAGGGCAAAGGUUUUGAGGUGGUGCGCAGCUCAAGGAUGCCACCUGCUAUGCGCGCAGCAGCUGAUGCAGAGUACGAGGCUGAACCUCCGCCGGAAGGUAUACCUGUGGCCAUGGGCGUCCUUAGGAACGGGCCGAUCGAGUCAGAUGACGACGAACCCAAGAACAAGGCGACUCAGAAGCAUGCCGAGAACACGGAGAAUGCCGAAAAUUCGGAAAACCUACUCAACGAUGAUGGAGUUUCAGUUGUGUCAUCGGACUCGGAAAUUGAGACGGUUAGCAUUCCGAAAGUUUCUGAUGCGCCGCCUAUGCUUCCCGGGAUCGCGAGUUCGGGCAGUUUCAAGCUCCCAAGUCGAGUGGCGUCUAAGGCAAGCCGACAGGCGUCUCAGAAACACAGGCGCCAGUCAACGGAAUCAGACAUUCCUGAAAUUCCAAGAAAAAGCUCGAAAAGGGAUUCGGCCAUGCUCCGUGGACAUUCACCCACGCCUUCGUUCAACCUGAUCCCGCCAACGUCACCCACGGGGCCUCUAUCUGGUCCUUCUGAUGGCGAGAUGCAUACGCCGGGCAGCUUAGCCUCGUCUCCAAACCCCGGUCGUCUUCCCUUUCAGCGUUCAAAUUCUCACCAGAAACGUCUUUCAUCCAACGGAUCAUCCAUGGAAGAAUUCAAUAUUCGUAGAACGCCAAGCACGGAGCGACCAACAAGUUAUGGCGUGGUUGCACAACACAGCAUCAGUCGAGUGGACCCUGGGUCGGACCAGCAGGUCGAUCUCCUCGGCACCUCGGCAGAGCUCGUCGAUGAACGAGGCCCUUCGAGCCGGAGCUCCUCAGCGGAAGGACGAGCUCGUUAG